AUGCAGUGGGCCGAGUACAUCAAGACUGGCACCCAGAGAGAGCUUGCCCCCUAUGAUGAUGACUACCUCUACAUUCGUGCUGCUGCCAUCGCUCGCCGAAUUUACAUUCGCCCCAACAUCGGCGUCGGUGCUCUCCGUAAGAUCUUCGGGAUGAGUCCAACUCCGGUACUUGCCGUACUCACUUCACUCUCGGUGCCGGCAGAUCACAG